ACAAGUAAAACGUAAAUUGAUUGACAGAUUCAUUUAUUGUUUAUGUAAUAGCUUGUAAUAUAGGCGUAAUAGAGCUGCUGGGAUAUUUAAAUGACAUAUCUAAAAAUAGUAAGUGUAAAUAAAAAUACUCUACUGUUUUGCUUUACAUAGUUUCAAAACUGUUUAUAUAAGCAUUCAUAAUAUUAAAGGCAUACACUGCAUUUAGAAUUAGAUAAAAUUUAACAUUAUAAAUGCUCGGCUUCAUGUUGUCAGGUGAAAGUGACAACCUUCACCAGCAGAGGUCAGACAAACAUAACAAACGCAGUUGAAUUAAUCCAAUAUAAUAUAUUUUCAAUGUCUAUUAAUAAACAUCAGGAUAUAUCACGGCAAAAUUUGGUGCCCAUCAUUCAUCCCUUUUAAUUUCUUAAAACAAAAAAUACAUAACAAAAACGGACUUAAUUUGCACUGCACUAUAACGGGAUGGAAUAAUAUACUAAUGCUAUCUAAUAGAUUCACAUGUUAUUAAGUUCCUAAAAUGUAAAAUAUUAUUAAUACAGGAGCACUACUAGUACAUCCCAUAACUUAUUGUUACUGGCGAUCCGGGUGAUGCUGCUGUCCUCGAGGCUCUUAGUGGAUUCUUUAGCGUCUCCACGGCAACCCCAACCUGACGUAACGCUCGCCCCUCCUCCAUUCAAGCGUCUCAUCUCAUUGAAGAAACAAGUGUAGUGUAAAAGCACUGCUGAUCUGCCGAGAGCCUAAUAAACUACUAUGAAGACCCACAGACGUGGCAUCCUGCGAGCUUCAAUCGGAUCCAAAGGUCUACCACAUCUUUAUUGAUCAAACAAGGCAAUGAGAUCGUAUGACCACAGAAAUUGAUUUUCACAGUUUAUUUUCGGCUACACCGUUCACUUCCUCAAAAGGCCAUGGAUGCCAGCUCAAUACCUCAGAUCAAUAUAGAGGAUUAUGAUGGUCUCGAGGUGGCCCCAGAUGAUCACUUAAGAACGUUGAAAGCACUGACGGAGAAGCUAAGACUUGAAACCAGACGUCCAUCCUAUCUUGAGUGGAAGGCCCGUGUUGAAGCUCAAAACUCUAAAGGCUUAGCAGUUUCACAAGGGUCAUCGGAGAUGGAGAGAAGUGUUGGGCUGAAGUCCAGUGGAAAACCUCAGAGGAAUAUCACAAAUGCAGGAAACAGCCUUACUACUAGAACCCUUGGGGAGUUUGGAAAUAUUGACGAAGCUCUUGUUUGGCUUAGAAAGGAACUGAUGGAGAUGCGUAUUCAGGACCAGCAGUUGGCCCGCCAGCUCAUGCGACUGCGUGGUGACAUCCACAAACUCAAAGUCGAGCAGACAUGUCACCUGCAUCGGCGCAUGCUCAAUGAUGCCACGUUUGGCCUGGAGGAACGUGACGAGCUUUCGGAUCUUUUGUGUGAUGGACCUGUCACUCCAGGAUUUGGCCUCUCAUCACCACUUCGUCUUAUCGGUGUAACGAAGAUGAACAUCAACUCCAGACGGUUCUCACUUUGCUAGGGUACAAGUCGGUUUUACAAUGCAUGUAAAAAGAUAGAGAGUACUAAAAAGAAGAGAGUACUAUACCGGUUGAAGAAAGUAAAUAACCAAUCAUUGACGCAACAAGUAACAUGAAUUGUGAGAGAACGUCAUGUGCCUGUUAUUCUAUGUACUUGUGCCAGUAAAACCACUUGUAUUGGUCCAAUAAACAAAGGAUAAACAAUGUCUGAGCAAUCACACAUGGCUAUAUACCUUAGAUACAAUCCUUGUUGUGGUGAUAACAGAUCAACACUUCUGUUAUGAAUCCCUAUGCCUUUAAACAGAUAUCUAUAUGGAGUAGAUUAAGCAGUUACUCUGUCAGAAAAAACUGUACCUCUUCUGUCGCAAGGGUGGUACCUUUACAGGUAUACAAAACAUAAUACAAUGUCAUAAUACAAUGUUGUACCUUUUGUAACCCCAACAUUUAAGUGGUACAAAAUUGGUCCUUAAAGGUACACAAUAGGGUAUAAUAUUGUACCCCAAAAUGUACAGCAUUUAAAUCUGUUGUAUACCCAAUUAAGGUACAAAAAUGAACCUUUGAGGGUACCUCCCCAAUGACAAAAAGGCAUUUUUUUGUGUACAAGCAAGCAUUUAGUUUUACAUUUGCUUUCACAUUUAGCAUUUCCACAUAACUGAACUCUUAGGACUUUAAAGGGACAAAUCUUUAUAUAGAAGAAUAUACUGUAUAUAACUCAGUAUUACUUGGAUACAGCAAAGUAUAUAUACUUUCUAUAAAAUAAUACAUACCUGCACAAAGUUGUAUGCUUAUUGUAUAACUGUGCCAAUAACUACAUACAAGCAAAAAUGGUAUGAGGAGUAUUUUAAAGAUUCGUAUACUUGCAAAGUACAGUAAGGAUGUUAUUUUCAGUUUAUCUAUGGGAAAAUACAAAAAACAAAGUGGUUUUAUACAAAUUCACCCAUGUAAUCUUAUAAUAAAGUUUUUUAAGUACAUUGCCGUCGAGUUGGUCUGUUAGUAUGGAAGUCGAGAGUCAUCAUUUUGCUUUGUGUACAUUGAGCUGAUGCAGAUCUCUAAAUAUGUAGCCAAUUACUUUAAUUGGUUCCAUUUAGUGCAAUCUGGGACUUUGUAACAACGUCUUUGUAGCUCUGCGUUAUUUAAAUGGCAUGUUGCAGUAAACAAAUGGUCCGACAUAUGUGCGCAAACACUACAAUAAUACAGGACGUAGCCUAUCUUAUCUCUGGGUUUUUAGAUGUCUGUUUGAUAAUCACAG